UUCACUAUUUUAUAAUUAUCGAGAUCAUGUAUCAUUUCUUCCAGGUCAUGUCGCUGACAACAGCAAGCAGUAUAGAAAAUCAACCGGUGUACAGAAGACCAUUACCUAGUGGAUUCUUCAGUGUACAAACUCAGAAUUUAAUCAAGUUAAAUCCAGUUGAUAUAAAGCCAGAAUUUUUAGACCUUCCAGUGAGCUUGAGUAGAACUUGUGAAGCUUCACUAGUGUGCCGACAAUCAAACAGGCAGAGUGAAGAUGCUAAUGAUCAGAGAGUAGUCUUGGGGGAUGUUAAAAACUUCAAGCGGUUUAAAAAGGCAUCCUAUCCAGGACAACAGAAUAUGCCUCAUGUGAUUGGUGGAGAUGAUCUUUAUACUCAUUGCAACAAGAUGCAAGAAGAUGUGGAUGAGAUGUUUCGAGAAAUGGAUGAAGCUGACAAUGCUAGAAAUGAACACAGUCAAAUGGCAGAGUAUCUUUUCAACAACAUUCAAGGCAAGACAGCAAUAAAAAGCAGACGCAGGUAACUACAAAAAAUGAUCUUAGUUGAAGUUCAAAGGUGAUGAAUGAAGUGGUUGUGAAUUGACAAGACCAGCUAAUGUUAGCGUUGCCUUAAAAUGUGGAUUUCUUUUAUGGAUGAUGUCACACCUAGGCCUCUAAAUUGAGCUUUAAAAUAAACAUUUUCUAUAAAAAAAAAAUUCCACAAUACUGAGCUGUUUACUUUGGAUUAUCUUAUCAAGAAUUGUUUUUAGCAGAGGCUUACAUUUCUAAUAAAAGCAUUUUCAUAUCUGUCCUAAGGUCCUUGCAAUUCAAAUUUCAUUUUAUAUAAACAGCAAAACUACCAUUUAGACCAAAUAUAUAAUAUAUGAAAGUUAUAUGAAAGAACAAGUUAAUACUAAUACAGUAAGUAUAAUAGUGACUUUUUCUCUUAUGGAACAGUCCAACUUUCCACUGUUCAGCUGAAUUGAAGUCUCGCUUAAUAGUCAUUUAGUUCGAUGAGUUUAGAGAAUUUUCAAUUGUAUUGGCAAUUUUUUUAGUUUUGUAGUUUGCAUGUGGUACACCAUGUAGAUAGUUCUGAAAACUGUUGUUUUGUUAGACAUUUAGUUUUUAUUUUUAUUGUGUAGGUCUCCACCAAUAUACACGUGAACUAUAGCAUCAUAUUUAUCUGCCAUAUCUGUAUAGCAACUCAUCAAAUACAAUAAUUUGAUAUUCUAUAGAAAAUAAAGUCCUUCAAUCCAUACA